AGAGGAAGAAGGGAGGGAGGGAGGAAGGGGGGAGGAAAGGACUCGAGCGAGGAAAGGAAAUGAGGAAGGAAGGAAAUUGGAGGGGCUAGAGCGAGAGAUGGGUGGGGGGGGGGGCUAGUAGAUGUAGCUCUAGUUGUGGGCCGGGGGGUGAGCUAGCUAGCCCGGGCUGCUCUGCCGAAACAUCCAUGGGUGGCUGUGUCGGGAGCCACCACGACUCCUCGGGCAGCUUAAACGAGAACUCGGACGGCACAGGAGUGGCUCUAGGGCGUAACCAGCCCCUGAAGAGAGAGCGGCCUAAAUGGAAAAGUGACUACCCGAUGACUGAAGGCCAGCUGCGCAGCAAGAGAGAUGAGUUCUGGGAUACGGCGCCAGCAUUUGAGGGCCGGAAGGAGAUCUGGGAUGCGCUGCGGGCUGCAGCCAGCGCAUUUGAGAGCAAUGACCACCUGCUGGCUCAGGCCAUCCUCGACGGGGCCAGCAUCACACUGCCGCACGGAGCUCUGACUGAAUGUUAUGAUGAAUUGGGGAAUCGAUACCAGCUGCCAGUCUACUGCCUCUCUCCUCCCGUCAACAUGAUUGAAGAGCGCUCUGACGAGCCUGAUGGUUCAGAUCCAGACUCCGGGGCCGCAGACCCGUCCACAGGCAGCGCCGGCGACGCCGGCUCGGGGGGGGAGUGCCAGCUUCGGCUCCGGCUCUCCACGGGUCGCGACCUCCGGCUGGUGGUCCGUUCCAUGGACACAGUGGGCAUGAUGAAGCGCCGCCUACAUAGUCAGGAGGGCGUGCCUGCUUCAACCCAACGCUGGUUUUUCUCAGGUCGGCCACUGACAGACAGACUACGCUUGGACCAACUCAACAUCUCCAGGGACUAUGUGGUGCAGGUUAUCCUCAGCCAGCCGCCACAGCCAGAGCCGGCGUCAACACCAGGACACACACCAGAAGCCUGUGGGCCAGUGGCAGCACUGCCGCAAGAGCCUACACCGGUGGAGAAUUAACUGAACCCGGCCGCCUGGAGGAGAGGGAGGAUAACAAAGGAGAAAGAGAGAGAGUGAAGUUGAUUCUGACUUUUCUCUUUAGAUUUUUUUCUCUUCUCCUCUUUGUUUUUGGACUGAGGUUGGCCGUCUCCCAGAACUCUUGAAAUGAGAAGAAACUCUUCCUUAUGGUUUUACACGUUGAAAUUUUGACCUUUUUGAAGUCUUUUUAACUGUUCCUAUGGAAACCAAGCAACAAAAAGAUAACUGUCAGAUGGCUUAAGGGUUUUCUUAGCAACACUGAUUUUCAAAUGUUUCUGCGUUUCAGUUUCCAUUCAAGUCCUGCUGUCUGGCAAAGCUUGGUCAGGAGAAUUCUGUUUAAGGCUACAGGGUUAUACAUACAUCUUCAUCACAAUACAAUUCAACACGGACUGUUUAAGAAGAAAGGAAGAAAUAUAGUUUAACAAUCAUGACAGUUAUACUUAAUUAUAUGUGAAUCAAAUCAACAACACCUCCUCUCUUGGGGAAUAAGUCAGUAUGCUACCGCUGUAAAGAAAGGUUAGAAAACAGAUGUCCCUCUUGUCAAGAGGUUGCAAUCAAGAGGCAUGAUGACGUGUUACCAAGCUGCUGCUGGAUUACAUGCUUUAUUUCACUCCGCUUCACAGAACAAUCAGAGCAAUC